AUGUACAUCAUAGCUGUCUUGGGGAACUUGACCAUCCUGUUCAUCAUGACAAUAGAGCUGAGCCUCCAUGGGACCAUGUACUAUUUCCUCUGCAUGCUGGCUGUCACCAACCUGUUUCUGCCAAUAUCCAUCCUGCCCAAAACACUCAGCAUCUUCUGGUUCAAUUCCAGGGAGAUCGAUUUCAGCGCCUUCCUUGCCCUGGUGUACUUCAUUCACUGCUUCUUAGUGAUAGAGUCUGGGAUCUUUGUGGCCAUGGCUGUUGAUCGCUACGUGGCCAUCUGCCACCCGCUGAGAGAUUCCACCAUCCUGACAAACCCUGUGGUGGCCAAGAUCGGGCUUGCCAUGGUGCUGCUUGGUGCCAUGCUCAUACUGCCUUAUCCCUUCCUGGCGAGCUGGCGGCCAUACUGUAGAACCAACAUAAUCCCCCACACGCACUGCGAGCACAAGGCUGCGGUGAAGCUGGCCUGCACUGACACCCGUGUCAGUAGUUACUAUGGCCUCUUUGUGCUAUUCUGUGUGAAGGCCUUCUACAUUCCACAUCUCUUCUCCUCUCUCAUGCACUGGUAUGGCCACAAUGUAGCCCUGCGUCUCCAUGUUCUCAUUGCCAACAUGUACCUCCUGCUUUCCCCCGUGCUAAACCCCAUCAUCUACGGGGCGAGGACCGAACAGAUCUCGAAAUGGCUGCUCCGACUCUUUACUCAUAAAGGGACCUAA